AUGCGCGUCUCACCAUUUUUAUCUUUCGCGGCUCUACUGGGCACAAGCUCGGCUAUCUCCGGUUGUGGGAAGAAUAUCCCCGAUGCAUUCCCCAGCCCCGGUUCAAGCAAGACCCUUUCGCUUCCCGACAGCGAUCGCGAAUACCGAAUUCAUAUCCCCAAGACCUACCAAAACGACACAAAGACUGCAGUAUAUUUCUCCUUUUCCGGGGCGUCUAGAAGCGGCGAAGAGCAGGAGCAAUUAUCCCAAUUUUCGAACCCAGAAUUCAACCCAGACGGCAUCGCCAUCUACCCUGAAACCCAGGACGAUGUCUGGCUAUCCAACUCCAACGCCAACAUCACCUAUCCGAAUGACCUUGAUUUCACCAACGAUCUUCUAACUCACCUGGAAGAGAACCUAUGCAUUGAUACGGGUCGCGUCUACGCCAAUGGCAAGUCGAAUGGCGGAGAAUUCGCUGCUGUCAUCGCCUGCAAUGCCACGGUCGGCAGUCGCUUUGCUGCGUUCUCCGUUGUCAGCGGUGCCUGGCAUGGCACGGGAAGCGUGCCGGGCUUGCAAGGUUGUCAGCCUGCUAUGCGUGCCGAGGGGUAUCCCUUUAUCUUCUUCCAUGGAACUGUUGAUCAGACUGCACCGAUUAAUGGAGACGAGGAAGACGACAUCACGCCCAUGAUUGAUGUCUUGCAAGACUGGGCGGAGCGCAAUGGAUGCCCUGAAGAUUCGAAGUGGGCCAGCAAUAAGACUGUACACGAGCAACCAUUAGUCAAGCAUGCUGGUUGGGAUUGCGAUGGAAAGAAGGAUAUUAUCCAGUUCUAUCGCGAGGGAAACAAUGGUCACUGUUGGCCUAGCACAAGACCCAAUGAUGAUUACGAGACGCUAGGGAAGGAAAAGUGUCCUAUGGGACACUACGUGUUUAAUGCGACCGAGAUUAUUUUCGAUUUCUACAGCCAAUACAGAUUGGAUGUUUGA